AACACCCAUUGACUUGGGAGUACUUCUAACACUUUUUGAGAUGCCAAUCUGGAAUUCUUCAUUCUUGAGUUUAUUCCGAACUUUGUUGAUUGUGUUGAAAAUGGACGAUUCAAUCCACAUGUAAUCAAGGUGGGAAAGCUUAUUGUACUCAGAAAGUGGAUGCAAACUGCAAAGGUUGAAAAAAGUAUAAAUUUGCCCAACUUUGUGACUUGUUCUUUACUUAAGGUGAGGGGAGACAUGAAUGAUGAAGAAAAGAAAGAUGAGCACAAGUGGAAAUAUCGGUUCGGAUGCCUGCGAACUGGUUCCCGCGCCUGGGCAUCCUGUCGAAUGGGGUCAGGAGGAGGACGAGAAGCUUCCAUUACUACUGGUGCAGGCGUUGCCUGAGAUCAAUCAGAACCGUUUCCGCCAACCCCGUCGGUUUACUCUGCCCCCGUUGUUUCACCCAGAUUGGCUACGAGCCCGGUGCUUAUCCCAGGGGGAGGGAAGAAGAAGAAGAAGGAGGAGGAGCGAGAGGGUUGCUCGACGCGUUUACUAUCCUUCUAGAUCCCCCUCCCUGGGAUCAUCAGUACACACGGUGGCGGCAAGUCAUCGCGCAGUUCAUUGGCCCUGACGAGCCGCCUCCUAGGCCUGUCUCUCCUGACCUAAAUGCUCUCUAUUAUUUGCCGCAAAAUAGGAUACUGGAGCAGCAAUACGAGGAGCCGGUGAUUGAAGAGGAAAGCGCGGGGCCGCCACCAGCAACACCGGCGGCCAUUGAAUCUCUGCCGGAGGUGGAGAUCGGGGCGGCUCAUCUGGCCAACAACCCGGCUUGCCCCGUCUGCAAGGAGGAGUUCGAGGUCAGGGAGAAAGCGAGAGAGUUGCCUUGCAAGCAUUUCUACCAUUCUCCCUGUAUCGUUCCCUGGCUCCAAAUCAAAAACACCUGCCCCGUUUGCCGCUCUCCCCUGCCAAAUUCUUCACCCCACAUUCUGCAACCAGAUAACUACCGGACUAACAGAGAAGACGAAGACGGGGACGAUGAUCUUUUUGAAGACCCCGAGACGAACCCCCUUGUGCGGGGGUGGUCUUGGGUUAUAUCGUCUUGGCCAUUCAGACUGCUAUCGAAUUGUAUAGAACAUCUAACAAUUCCUCCGGAAAACAUUGUUCCUUCUUCUCAAUCUAGAGAGAGACAUUGGGAGCGGUUCUGGUUCACAGAUUGACAGCCAAGCAGAACAGAGAUGAAUUCUUUCCGACACAAAGCAAAAACCAGACAAGAAAGGGGGGAUUAGAGAAAGGCAGGUCAACGUAGCAUUAUGCAUGGAAGAAUGCAGAGUUGGAGGAUGGGUGCACAUAGGGUGACGUUAGAAAAAAACCAAUUAUUUAAUCAAUCAAUUUAAUAAUAUUGG